AUGGCGGCGCUGUUCCCAUGGACAUCGAUUCGGCUGAGAAAGUCGAAAUCGAAGGAGGCAAAGAAGUAUUGCGUCAUCUGCAAGUCGAAGACUCAUAACACAGAUGAUUGCUAUAAGUUGGCCAAAAAUGCGGACAAGCGGCCGAAGACCCAAGGGGAUGGCGCUAAGAAGGCACAAGGAGGAAGUGGUAACCCCGCGGCCAAGAAGGCUAAGAAAACGCGGGUUAUUCAAGUCGAGCUUACGGAUAGCGAGGACGACACGCCCCCGUCCACGAAAGCCGUGAGCGCCAACACUGCGAGAAUCGAGGAGAUUGCGAACGUCGAGGAAUCGACUCUGGCUGGGAAGGAUGAACCCCAGCUGUCUGCAAAGACAGAACCCACCGCAGCUACCUCGGAUUUUUGGAAGAAGUACAUGUGA